AUGAGAAUUCUUUUCUUCAGCCUCAUUAUUAUUGUAGCUUUAAUAAUUGUUACUGCUUCUUCUCCCAUCUAUGUUCAUUUUUACCUUAACAUUUCUUGAAUUCCUGUUUCUUUAAUUCCCUAUAAUUCUAACUGGAUUCAUUUCAACAAGUACUUGGGGAGCCACAUUGGCCAAAAAAUCGAAGGCUUGGCUAAAAUCAAACAGUAUUUUCAACGUUUCGGGUACAUUGAUUCAUCGAGCAAGAAUUUCACUGAUAAAUUUGAUGAUGUUCUUUUUUCAUCUCUUAAACAUCAAUUUAAUUUUCAUCUUAAUGCCACCGGAGAAUUCGACAUCCCUACUCUUCAACACAUGGUAAAACCUAGAUGCGGAAAUCCAUAUAUUGUGAAUGACACUACUAAUAUGAACUCCAUCAAGUCUUCUGUGGAUCAUACUAUGGCUUAUUUCUCAUUUUUUAAAGGCCAGACGCGUUGGCCAUCAAAUAAGACAGUAUUAAAUUAUGCAUUUCUACCGGAGAAUUAGUUAACGGAUUCUGUUAAGGCAAUUUUUGGGAGGGCUUUUGAUAAGUGAGGGGAGGUAACAUCGUUAACUUUCUCAGAGACGGAUUCUUAUAGAACAGCUGAUAUUCGGAGGUUUUUCGUUGGGGAUCAUAGAGAUAGAAAGCCAUUCGAUGGACCUCUCAAGAUUUUGGGACAUGCAUUUUCACAACCAAUAGGACUUUUUCACUUAGACAACGAGGAGAAUUGGGUGGUCGAUGGCGAGUUACUGAAAGAAGGGAUGUCGAGUAUAUCAUCCGUGGUGGAUCUUGAAUCGGUUGCAGUUCAUGAAAUAGCAAACUUAUUAGGUUUGGAUCAUUCAUCUGAAAAAUAGGCGAUUAUGUUUCCAACACUGGAUGCUGGAUUGAGGAAAGUGGAAUUGUAGAGGGAUGAUAUGGAUGUCCAGAUGUUAUACGGGUCAAGUACUAUUUUCACACCAAGUCAAGAAAAUGAUAUAAGUGGAGCUUCAACUUUUGGUUCAUUCUGUCAUCACUGGUUGUCGUUGAUCAUUGGAUUCUUCUUAGCAUUUGUGCUUUGA